UUUGGUAGGGCUUGACUCGUGAAAGGGGAGAGGAGUGCGCGGUUGUUCCGUCGGCCAUUGUGAGUACCUUGUCGAAAAAUUGUGUUCGCGAGUUCAAUUUCUGUGCUUAUUCGGCCACAUCCAAGAAAAAUCAAGGAAAAUUUUAUUCGCAAAGUGCUACGUGUAAAGUCCGGGACGUGCAAACAACCUCGGCCCGAUGGCUGAAACCGAUAAACUCAACAUUGACAGCAUUAUAGCUCGGCUCUUGGAAGUACGGGGAGCACGACCUGGAAAAAAUGUUCAGCUGACAGAGGGCGAAAUACGAGGACUUUGUUUAAAGUCCCGAGAAAUAUUUCUCUCGCAGCCAAUUUUGCUUGAAUUGGAGGCACCUUUGAAAAUUUGUGGUGACAUUCAUGGACAAUAUUAUGAUCUGCUUCGACUUUUUGAGUAUGGUGGAUUUCCACCCGAGAGUAAUUACCUAUUUUUAGGAGAUUAUGUUGAUCGAGGGAAACAAUCUUUAGAGACUAUUUGUCUUCUUCUUGCCUAUAAGAUCAAGUACCCUGAAAAUUUCUUCCUGUUGAGAGGAAAUCACGAAUGCGCAUCUAUUAACAGGAUAUAUGGCUUUUACGAUGAAUGUAAACGUCGUUACAACAUCAAAUUGUGGAAGACAUUCACAGAUUGUUUCAAUUGCUUACCAGUGGCAGCAAUUGUUGAUGAAAAAAUAUUCUGUUGUCAUGGCGGUUUAAGUCCCGAUCUUCAAAGUAUGGAGCAAAUUAGACGUAUUAUGAGACCAACUGAUGUACCUGAUCAGGGAUUACUCUGUGAUUUGCUUUGGUCUGAUCCAGACAAGGACACUAUGGGUUGGGGAGAAAAUGAUCGUGGUGUUUCAUUUACAUUCGGUGCCGAAGUGGUUGCCAAAUUUCUCCAUAAACAUGAUUUUGAUCUUAUAUGUCGUGCUCAUCAGGUAGUUGAGGAUGGUUAUGAAUUCUUUGCUAAACGACAAUUGGUGACAUUAUUCUCGGCGCCAAAUUAUUGUGGUGAAUUUGAUAAUGCAGGUGCCAUGAUGUCUGUAGAUGAAACGCUAAUGUGUAGCUUUCAAAUAUUGAAGCCAGCAGACAAGAGGAAGUUUACAUAUGGAGGCUUAAAUGCUGGACGACCGGUAACACCGCCACGAGGUCCAAACAAUAAAAAUAAAAAGAAGUGAAACCUCCUAGAAUUGCUUCGAACGCGACAUUUAGGAUCUUAAGACCUCUUCCCCCCCUCACCCAAAAAAAAACUCAACAUUCACAAAGACUGUAAUAAAGUCUUUGUAUGAAAAAAAAAGAAAAAAAAAAUUGAGUAAUUAUUACGGAUACAUCAUAAACUAUCUGCGGAGCCAUCCACAAAAGCAAUGAUCACAAAUUUAUCGCGCUAUAGAAGAGUUUCCGGAGGAUCAUUGUUUUUCGAAUGAAUUUCACGAAAUAAGGAUGAUUCAAUGAAAAAAAAAAAAUAAUAAUAAUACUGUCCCUAGUAGGAGCGAGUAGGUGGCCUUCAGAAAAGUACAAUGCAAAAAAAAAAGAAACUACGUAAAUAAAAUCUGAGGUGACUCCAUUGUAGUGUUAUAUAUGUUUUAUAUAUGACAGCGGGAGUUCUCAAAUUGGAAGGAAAAGAAAAUCUAAUGACAAAUUUAAUGAGCGUCGACGUCGAAAGCAUCUUUGUCCAUCGUAGAAAACAAAAAUGGUACAUAAUUUUGAUUAUAUUUUCUUUAAAUUUUUAUAUUUAUAAAUAAUGUUAAAUGAUGAAUGACGUGGUGAAAUUGAUAAAAUAUUAAAAAGACAAUUUCUCCUCGUUAUUCUAAUUGAUCCCACAUAUAUUGUCGGAUCUUUGUUAAUUGUUUUUUUUUUUUUAUUAUUAUUUUUCUUUCUUUUUUUUUAUAAAUCAUUGUUACAAAACUGAAAUUCACCUACCCGGCUGUCGUUAUCUUCUAAGGGGAUUGUCUUAGAAUCACGUCUAGCCCUGAAUUUAUUGUUUAUUUACGCACAAAGAUGAAAUGUGAUCAUAUUUUCAAAUAUUGGACAAAUUUAUGCAAAUGACCUUUUUUUCAAUUUUAUUGAAAAAAAAAUAAACAUCUUUAUCGUAGGAGUAUCGAUCGACUCUCGAAUUUACUGCCUAGAGAACUUAAUUUACUGGACAAUAAGAAUAAAAUAAAAAAAAAAGAAAAAGAAAAUCGACUUUAGAUUUGAGAUUAUCUAGGACAGUCAAGUUUCUCCGGAUACAUCUUCUGAAUCAUAUUUAGAACUUCUAUUAUUGAAGUAGAUAUAUCUACUCGAGGAAAAUUCAAACAUCCAUUUAUCAAUUAUUAUUAUUAUUAUUAUAUUCUUUAAUUAAAGGAUAUACAAAAAAUAAAUAAAAUUCGAGUUUCUUCAGGAGAUUAUCGUUAAUGCGUGAAAAAAAAAAAUUAUUAUUACAAUCCGUACCGAAAAAAAAAAGAAAAUCUAUCGCAAAGGGAAGGAGAAAUAAAUCUUAACGUCCAUCGGUGACACUUUGUCGUCGUUUUAUUCUGUCGUGAGAAAUCAUCGAGCUACAUUGAAAAUCGCGAAUUCUUGAGACAAAUAUAAACAUUGUUCGUAUCUAUAUAAUAUUGCGGAAUUGCAUUGACAAAAUGAAUUCAAAGUCUCUUAGGGGAAAAAAAAAAAAUAAAAAGCUCUUAUUUUACUCAGGGCAGAAGUCAAAAACGUCGUCCUGUGUUUAACAAUUAUUCAUCAGUAUCAUCUGAAAGAUCAUUAUCAUUAUCGGCUUCCACUUCGCAGGUUAAAUUACUGUUAUCGUGACCAUUGUAAAUUUUAAUUUGAUUUUUCGUUUUUUUUUUUUUUUAAAUCCUUUCUCCCCUUAAAUGCACACCUUAUCCCCCCCCUUCCCCUUUAGCACCAGUUGUACCGAAAAAAAAAAAAUUUCACUCUACUGACACUAUCGUGAAACGAUACAGCAAAUCCGCGAACUCCUCUCACGCACACAUCAUUGUACAUUCAUUUUUUUAUGAAUAAUAAAGAUCACCAAAAAAAAAAAGAAAAAAAA